ACACACUGGGAGGCAAACGGAAAUGGAAUGAACUGGGAAAACAACAUAAACAAGACACCCUCAACAGCUGGGGACUAAAGAGCUGUUCACCAUGGAUCUGAAGGACAGAACGAUACCUCAGUGGAGUCUGGACUCUGAGUCCAGUCCACAUUCUGGCUCUUUGAACAGCCUUUCAGCACUCACACCAGAGGAAGAGGAAAAGGAGAAGCCAACCAUAUCACCAAGUCGUGCCUAUAUAGCUGUAGCUGUGCUUUGCUUCGUCAACAUGCUCAUCUACAUGGAACGAAAUGCAGUAGCAGGUGUCCUUCCCAGCAUUCAGACAUUCUUCAAUAUAGGUGACAGCUUAAGUGCUCUUCUACAAACAGUUUUCAUCCUUGGCGUCGUGGUUUUCGCCCCUCUCUUUGGCUACCUUGGGGACCGCUUCAACCGGAAAUACGUCAUGAUUGGUGCUAUAAGUGUGUGGCUUGUGAUUGCAGUCGGCAGCUCUUUUGUCACUAAGUCGCUCUUCUGGCUUCUGAUGCUGUUGCGAGCCAUUGUCGGGAUAGGAGAGGCCAGCUACGCUACCAUCGCUCCCACCAUCAUUAGCGAUGUCUUUGUCGGGACUAAAAGGAGCCUCAUGAUCUUUUUCUUCUACAUGUUUAUGGCCAUUGGAGGUGGUCUAGGAUAUGUAACAGGGGCAGGGGUUGCUACUCUUACAGGAGACUGGCGCUGGGCUCUCAGGGUCACUCCCAUCUUGGGUGCAGUGGGACUUGUCUUGCUGGUCUUCCUGUGCCCUAACCCACCCAGAGGUGCUGCAGAAACCCACGGAGAGGGAGUUACAGGGGAGAGCACUUACCUGGAGGACAUCAAGUAUCUUUUAAAAAAUAAAAGUUAUGUGUGGUCAUCAUUGGGAGUGACGGUGGUGACCUUCCUCACCGGAGCCCUUGGUUUCUGGAUGCCUACCUUUCUGUCCAGAGCUCGGAUCAUUCAGGGACUCCAGCUGCCGUGUGUCAAAGAGCCCUGCAACCCCAUAGACAGUUAUAUCUUCGGUGCUAUCAUGGUGGUGACGGGCAUUCUAGGAACUGGUCUUGGCAGUGGUUGUUCUAGUUGGCUACGUGACAAGGUGCCAAAUGUGGAUCCAAUCAUCUGCGCAGUAGGCCUACUGGCAUCGGUUCCCUGCCAAUUCAUCAUCAUCUUCGUGGCAUCAGCAAGCCUUCCUGCCACUUAUGUAUUCACUUUCUUUGCUCUACUUUUUGUAUUAGCGAACAUCGCUGUCAUGGCUGAUAUACUGCUGUAUGUUGUCAUACCAACCAAAAGAUCCACAGCUGAGGCUCUCCAGAUUUCAGGCUGUCAUCUGCUCGGUGAUGCUGUGAGUCCUUACAUCAUCGGAGCGAUCUCAGAUGCUUUACGCAAAUCUAAACCUGCAACUGCUGGUCAGAGCUUCCACAGCCUGAAGUACAGCCUCCUGCUCUGUCCUUUUGUCACGCUUCUGGGUGGACUGUUUUAUAUUAUUAGCACCUGUUACAUUACUGAAGACAGGAAGGCAGCUACAGCUACACCACUGAUUGAAGGAGAUCUCACACCACAGCAGGGUCCUGCAGCAUCUGAGCCCCCAUUGGAACUGAGCAAUGGGUAUAUUGAGUAAAGCUUGACAAUUAAUUUAUCUGUAAAUAUUUGAAGUUAAGAACUAACAAGAUGUUAGAGUUGAGUUGAAAAGAUGUAUGUUUGUCACUUUACAGCCACAAACUGCUGCAGAUAAAUCAUGACAAUUCACACUGUAAAACCAUGAAACUUUUGUCUGCUCAAUCAAUCUUAAAUUGUAUUUUCUUAAUGAUUCUGCUGAAUUUUG